AGCCUAACAACUAAUCACUGCAUUUCCCACCUCAAUAUUAAUAUAUUUCUUUCCCCACAAGAGAGAUCAUGGAAAAGGAUAUCAUUCAUCUUUCUCCAACAUGGGAUGGUGACAAUGGCAAUUCCACUGAGAAAAGGCUCAGGCUAUUUGGUUUUGAGCUAAACCCUUCUAAAGAUGGUUAUGCCAAAGAAUCUGGUGAAGGAGAUGAAAGUGUGAACUCCUCUAACUCAGUUUCUUCUGGAGGAGACAAAACUGUGCAAGAGAAACCCUCUGCCAAAGACUCUGAUGAGAGAAAGUUUGAGUGCCAAUAUUGUUACAAGGAAUUUGCAAACUCACAAGCCCUAGGAGGCCACCAAAAUGCUCACAAGAAAGAGAGAAUGAAGAAGAAGAGGUUGCAGCUUCAAUCCAUAAACCGCUACCUACAACACCCUUUCCAAUCCAAGCAUGGCUUUGCUCACCCUUCUGAUACUCCUUGGUUCUAUGACCCCUCUACCUAUAAUAACUCUGAGUUCACCCUUAGUGAAGAACCUCAGAUUAGCUUCAAUUCAAAUGUUUUAGAUGCCAACUUUUCUUGUGACCAGAAAUCUAGUUGGUAUUCUCUUGCAUCUCACCCUUCUAAUUCCCAACAAGAUACUUGCAUGUUUACUUUCUCCAAUGCAAGUAAUAAUAGUCCUUUCAUCUUCAAGCCUUGCCACUUCCCUGCUUCAAAUCAGAGCCAUAAAAGUAAAGCCCUAGAUCUUCAACUAGGCCUCAACUUGCAGUCAAAUACAAGAAGUUCCUUAAGAAGGAUGUAAUUUAAGUAUAUAUAGGACACAUAAGUUAAAUUAACAGUUUCCUUGAAUUAUUUUAAUGCAUCAAUUCUCAAACAUCUGGAAAAAGGAAAUGAGAAAAGGUAAAAAAAAAAUAAUUACAAUUCAUUAGAGUUAGUUGGCCUUGGCCACUGCAGAGCCAAGAAGAGUCUGACAAUGACCACCUUUCAGAAUUCAGACAGCAUAUAGAAUUCAUACGAUGUAUUUAUUAUAGCAUGUUGUAGCCCUUUGAUAUAUAUUACAUACACUUCUUUACAUUCUCAGUA